CUGUUGUUUAGUGUCAUCUUCCUGCUUCACUUCUUCUGUUGCUUUAGUGUCAUCUUCCUGCUUCACUUCUUCUGUUGCUUUAGUGUCAUCUUCCUGCUUCACUUCUUCUGUUGCUUUAGUGUCAUCUUCCUGCUUCACUUCUUCUGUUGUUUAGUGUCAUCUUCCUGCUUCACUUCUUCUGUUGUUUAGUGUCAUCUUCCUGCUUCACUUCUUCUGUUGUUUUAGUGUCAUCUUCCUGCUUCACUUCUUCUGUUGUUUAGUGUCAUCUUCCUGCUUCACUUCUUCUUCUGUUGUUUAGUGUCAUCUUCCUGCUUCACUUCUUCUUCUGUUGCUUUAGUGUCAUCUUCCUGCUUCACUUCUUCUUCUGUUGUUUAGUGUCAUCUUCCUGCUUCACUUCUUCUGUUGUUUAGUGUCAUCUUCCUGCUUCACUUCUUCUUCUGUUGUUAAGUGUCAUCUUCCUGCGUCACUUCUUCUUCUGUUGUUUAGUGUCAUCUUCCUGCUUCACUUCUUCUUCUGUUGUUUAGUGUCAUCUUCCUGCUUCACUUCUUCUGUUGUUUAGUGUCAUCUUCCUGCUUCACUUCUUCUGUUGUUUUAGUGUCAUCUUCCUGCUUCACUUCUUCUGUUGUUUUAGUGUCAUCUUCCUGCUUCACUUCUUCUUCUGUUGUUUAGUGUCAUCUUCCUGCUUCACUUCUUCUUCUGUUGUUUAGUGUCAUCUUCCUGCUUCACUUCUUCUUCUGUUGCUUUAGUGUCAUCUUCCUGCUUCACUUCUUCUUCUGUUGCUUUAGUGUCAUCUUCCUGCUUCACUUCUUCUGUUGCUUUAGUGUCAUCUUCCUGCUUCACUUCUUCUGUGGUUUAGUGUCAUCUUCCUGCUUCACUUCUUCUGUUGGUUUAGUGUCAUCUUCCUGCUUCACUUCUUCUGUUGGUUUAGUGUCAUCUUCCUGCUUCACUUCUUCUGUUGUUUAGUGCAAAGUAAUUACAUCUCCCGAACACAUCUCCACAUCCCUCAUCACCACAAGAUCACAGGAAUCUAGAGGUGUGACGUGUCUUCUGUUAGUGAGGAAACCAUUCAGCCUCGCCGUUAACUUCUCGUCUUGUAUUCACAUGGUUGGGUGCUGUACGUGCUCUAUAUGCCACUAGCUUCAUGUGUUUGUUAGCAACAGUAAGGCGUUUCCUUAUUCGUUUAUAUCAAAAUUAAUAAAUAAUUCAACCUUGAGUUAAAGCAGAUGGCUUGAUCAGCUAGCAGGGGAAUGGACCAAACAGAUGGUGCAAGGGUGUCUGAUCAUUCCUCAGGUGGUGUGUGUGUGGGGGGGGGGGGGGGCGCAAAUGACUGCUGGAUAAGGGAUCUGAGAAACUGAAUCUACUGGGUUACAUUUGUCAUGGAGCUGGUUCAAACAAUAAAGAAAUUACAUUUCAGGGCCAGACGGUGAAUGACAGGAGGGGGAAUAGUUGGAAAGAGGGAUAAAUGAGAGAGGGAGACAAUCUGAACACCACCCCUCCCUCCUCCACUUGCCAUCUGAUGUCGAGACUGCGUUGCUAUGGGCAACGAGCAGAGUGGGAGAGAGGAGGAUGGAUUGAUCCCAGCUGGUGGGAGGGAGAGAGGGCGGAGAGGACAACGGCUCACACAACACACACACUGAGCCAACCACAGAGAGGAGAGGAAAAGGGAUAGAAUAUAUGUUAUCCGUCUUCCUUUUCCUGUUGAAGCAGACUAAGGGCAUUGGACAUCGAGAGGGGCAAGCAGCCAAUCGGCAUUCAAUGGGGAGCAAGCAACCAAUGAGGGGCGAGUGGACUCCUCCCCAUAAAGCGCUGUGCUGAGCCCCGAUCCUUUAUAAAUGAAUGGAGAGGCUCUGAGGCAGCACACUGCUCUCCCACAGAGCACUAGAAUCAACAACAGCAGCAUAGACGGAUGCUCGCACCCAGCCAUGAAGAAACGCCACAGACAAGCACAUGCCGCAGACACCACAGACGACAUGGAUCCCCACCAUCCCCCUGAGGCCUUGGCGCCCCCUCUCACCCUCCCUUUCUCAGCCUCCGGCACCCUGGCCCUCCCGCUCCCAUCGCCUGCCACCCGACGCUCCAUCUCUAUGGGCGACUUCAGGCGGGUGACCACGGCCCUGUACGGCUCGGAGCCCCCCUCGACGGCUACCACAGCCCCCUCCUCCAAGAUGGUGACCCCCAGCUCUAGCAUGGAGUUUGAAGCGGCCCGUCGGCGCCUGCUAGAGAUGGAGGAGCGCCAGCGGGUCAUCCGGGAGAUGGAGAGACGCCUGGAGGAGCUCCGGGAGGUGUUCGUGCGCUCGGAGCAGGAGGCGGUGGAGCAUGGUGAGGUGUUGACCCGCAUUGCCUGCGGCGCCCAGCAGGGGGAGAUAUACGCGGCUGAGAACAGCGAGCGGCUCAAGAAGGGGCUGCGAUUCAGGAAGCACCGGCCCACCAUUGUCUUCUCCUCCAUGCUGGGACUCCGUACGUGUCUUCCCUGGCCCGUCAAGCUCAAAUGACCCUUAAACUACAGACUGACGCCAUUCCCAAACUGUCACCCCUCCUUGAGGCUACAACCCCCCCCCCCCCCCCCCCCCCCUUGAGCUCUUAUUGAUUCCAGGAAGCUGGCCCUCUUUGGACUAAUGGGUGUAUAUUGUAUGUCUGGGAUGGUUUGGAGGCCAUGGGACUCACAUGGUAAAUCUGUAAAACUAAAAGUUGUUUUAUGAAACCAUACUUGUACAAACGCAACAACAACGAAAAUGUAAUCGCUUCGAUGUGGUUGGUCGAUUCUUUCUUAUUUGCUUUGUGUUGAAAGAAGUGGGAAUGACAGAAGAAGAGUCACAGUGCAGGUAUUGGAGCGUGAGGUAGAGAGAAGUGAGGGUUACAUAACAAAGCCCGGGCCUACGGGAUGGGGGAGAGCGUUGAACAAUCUGCCUUUUCAACCCACUGGAGUAGGAACAGAGGAGCAGAGUGCAGUUGAGGUUUCACUUUCUUUCUUUUUUUUGCUGCAUUGUUUUGUAAACCCGGGGGGGGGGAAGGGGGAGUCAGAAAGAAUGGUUGGUAGAGGGCCUUGGGUGACCGCAGGGUGUCGAAGGGCAACGUGCCUUGGCAUUCCCCAGCACACUCACUAUAUCUCCCAGCCAACUCAUCUUCUGAGCUUCAAAGGUCAAACCCCCAGUGGAGUAGUAGUCUGCUCUCUCAGGACAUGAGAAACCAACCAGGUCCUUCUGGGACGCUUCCACCUGUGGCCUAUUCUUUGUCGCCUGGCAACCCAGGCCUAACUCACCUUCCAGAAUGUAUCCGACAAACAUUGUGUCCUUUUGGAAAACAAGAGGUUCAAGAACAACUUCCUUUUCUGGUUCAUUUGCUUCAACUGGACCUGAGCGAUGGACAAUGGCGCUGUUUGCAAAACUGUGUUCGUUUGACAAUGGCAGAGCUGGCCUCCUCAAUGCUUUUACGGUUGAUGAAAUGUUUGAGGAUUGCGUUAGCCAUGCCGUGGCCAGCGAGACAAGCACAGUGACGCAUUUGGCCUGUCACGACUGGUACAGAGGUAGUAGUCUGUCACCUUGGAGCACCAGAGCAGAAAAACAGAGCAUGCUCAGCAUAACUGAAAUGGCUCAUGACGUAAUGACAUAAUGAGACGAUCCAUGCAUCCUGCAGAGAGGAAGCCAAGGGACCUGAUAACAAAACACCCAUAACGCUGCUGGAAGCAUCAGCAGACAAACGCCAGACGUGACAUGUGUAUUCUAUUCUGAAUGAAGAACAUCCUGGGUUGAGCUUGUUACAAUACCCAUAUUAAACUUGAGUUAUAAGAUGGGACGGUGCUGAACGUGACCGGUACCAAGUGUGUCGAGAGACCCCAUUGACCAAUAGGAUGCAAGAUCUUCCAUCAUGCGUCCAAAAGAUUGGCUUCUCCUUGGAAUGUCUGAUGUUCAGGAUUUUGUCCUGAUUUGUGAUCUGUCCUGAAGUGAAGGCUUUAGUGAAGGCUUUAGUUAUUUGGUGCAACUCACUUUGCCUGUACAGUCCACUCUGAAUAAUGUAUGUAUUGGUCAUGAUCUGGAUGAGGGAGCCGUACCUUCUCCAAUGGGUCUGGAUGUACUGUAUAAUAAACAUUGACAGGAAAUGA